GCAGAUGGGAAACAGGAGAAGAUAGCUGAUGCUGCUUCAUCAUUGUCAGCUGGAAAGGAGCAGGGAGAGUUGUCACUGAACACACAGACCAACAGCAUGGCAGCAGGUGUGAGAACAGAAGAACAUCAAAGAAAUCAUGAGGACAACAGUCUCUCCCAGUUCCGUCAGUGUGUGCCCUCUCUUCCCACAGAACCUGUGUCUGCACCUUCUCAUGACAGCCCUAUAAAUGCAGCCUGGCUCCUCACUCCCCACACACAGAGCUCUUGUUCACAGCUCCUCCAGGUGACUCUCAGCCAUGAAGACACUUGUCCUCCUCUCUGCCCUUGUCCUGCUGGCCUUUCAGGCCCUGGCUGAUCCUCUGCCAGAAGCAAAUGAGGAGGCUAAAAAUGAGGAGCAGCCAGGAGUAGAAGACCAAGAUGUGUCCAUCUCUUUUGGAGACCCAGAUGUCUCUGUUUUUCCAGGUCAAGCUGCACCAAGCAGGGCAUGCUCAUGUAGAAAAAAAUCCUGCAGACGUUCUGAGCGUGUUUCUGGGAUAUGCAAACCAGGUCCAUUUCCUGCCGUACUCUGCUGCCUCUGAGACCGUAGACAAGACCAACAUGUGCUCUGGGGCAUCAUGAUCUGUUUACCCUUAUACUUAGCUUCAAUUGUUUUCCUUUUCAAAUAAAUUUCC